UAUAUGCCUGCCAGGCGUCGUCGCCUUCCAUAUUUACGUAGGCUCUCUGAUCGUUAACGAGCCGUUUCGACCAACAGAACAGCUGUUUGAAGAGAGAAACUUCGUCUUUGUGUGUGGAAGAGCCAACAUUUCCUCUGAAGAGAUGAAAGAUACACCCUCCUCACCAGGCACCUCGACAUUAUCAACAACUCAACCAGUAUUGCGACAGAGAAAGAAACCCCAUAUGUUGCCACCACUUGAGAAGAGAAGAAACUCUGUUGACUGUCGAGCGGAAGUGGGGAGCCCCACGCCAAAAUGGCGACGUCCAAGCUUGGAAGAACAACUGAUCUUGGAGGAGCCCCCAGUUGAUGGACGCCCUGUUAUCAGGCUCACACGAUGCCCUGAUGCCACUAAUCCCUUGCCCAUAGCCCCAACAAUACACAUAUCUAGUCGCUACACACCGCUUGAGCCAAUAAAGCGCAGAAAUAGUCAACCAACCUGAAUCAAAGUCAAGAACUUGCCCUACACUUUCAAACUAUUGUCUGUUAAAGUGCAUUAAUCGUUGUUACUUAAUGUUUUGUUCAAAGUUGUAGUAUAUAGAAUGUUGCAUGGUGGAGGGAAAUUUUGUGUUUCAAAUAUUGCUCACAUAUCCCGCUGUGCAACAUGACUGACUGAAAGUUGAAUACCUGCCAAGUUAAAAAAAUAUAUAUAUAUAUAUUAUGUAAACCCACAUCGCAUUUCAAGCCGCAGCCUUUAGAAGCAAAUGGAAUCCCACCAUUUCUUUUUAAGUAAUAUGUAUAAUUAUUAAAUGUUACAAAUUGGAAAGGUUCAACGUAUACAUUUUCUGGAAUGAAGGAAACUGUAUUUUUGGACAAGCUUGUAGCUGACCAUUCUCAGUUACACUUCAUAUUUUUGUCUCAAUAGGACUGUUUAGCCACAUAUUAAACUGUUCAAUGUAAUACUGUGCUUUGAAUAUGUUUUUACACAUAUCUUGCUGUGCAAUAUAAGUGACUGAAAAAUUUGUA